UUAUUUGACUUCAGAGCGGCCGCAUGUGAGCAGCGGAGGGAGGCUGCGACUUUCAGCUGCACUUUCAGGUCAUUUUCCUUAAAUUCCGGAGGAUUCUGGAUCCAUGUAGCUGCUGCGGCUUCAGGAUUAACGGUCGACGGUGUAGAAUAUGUGACUUUCUCCUCCCCGUUGGACUCGAACCAGGACAGUCAGCAGAAACCGGAUCUGUGUGUUGGUCGGCUGCUGCAGGACCAGAACCUCGGAUGUCGCUGCUGGAGGACGUGGUGUACGUUCUGAGGAUGGUGCUGGACUACUUCGGAGUGCCGCCGGACAUGCUGGUUCCGGUGUGGGACACUCAGCUGUGCGGUCAGUAUCGCAGCAUCGUCCGGAUGAUCGGGACAAACCUUCCUCUGACUCCAGUUCCACGAGUUCACUUCCAGGUCCCUCUGAUCACCUACAGACCUCAUGGAUAUGUUGACGUCACUGUGGAAACGCCCGCCAUCCCAUCAUUCGCUGACGUCAUGUGGGUGUUUGAGGACGAAGGCGACAGUUUCGCCAAAACCAGGAAUCAUCUCCCUCCAGAGAAGCUCGGUGCUGCAUCCAGAGAUCUUCUCAGACGUCCGGUGGCGGUACCCAGAGUCCAGAGAGGAGGUCUGCUGAGGCCAGCAGCUGAUCCAGACGCCCUGAAGAAGAUCUCCGCUCUGGAGAACGAGCUGAUCAAACUGAGAGCUCAGAUCGCCAUGAUCGUCACUGCAGCUCCAGAGCCUCAGGGUUCUCCUCUAACUCCUCUGGUCCCGACUCUGACCUCCACCCCUCGCUGUGCUCCUCCUCCACCUCCUCCUCCUCCACCUCCUCCUCCAUGUCCUGACUCCUCCUCUGUAGCUAAACUGAUCCAGCAGCGCAGGAAGAAGGACUCUGAUCAGACUGAGGUCAGGCAGCAGAACAAACCGAUUCCCUCCAUGCUGGACAUCCUGAAGGACCUGAACCAGGUGAAGCUUCGCUCUGUGGAGAGGUCUCCAGGAGGAACUCCGGUCCGGAGGCGUCGCAGUAAAGGAGGUCCGGUUCUGCUCAGCGAUCCGGCCGCUCUGAUCGCUGAAGCUCUGAAGAGGAAGUUCGCUCAGAACCGACUCAAUAACUCGUCCGACAAAGAAAACUCAGUGGAGCUGUCUCCAUUCGGCAGCCCAGAAACCCCCAAGGUUCAUCACAGACGGAGUCGAGGACAACGACGCCUCUGAAACCUUCAACAACGUCUUCAACUUCUUCAACAAUGUCUUCAGCAUCUUCAACUUCUUCAACAUCUCCACUGAUGUGCCUCAAAAGAAACUACUGCAGCUACUAAUUCACAUUUCACUGUUUUUUAAUGUCUAAUUUUGUUCAUUUAAAAUCAGCUAAAUCUGAAAAACCUCCCCAGUACCUCCUCCAAACCAUCUGGUUCUUCAUCUCCAGUAACUUAAUCAAUGAUCAGAGUUCUACCUUCAUACUGGGAAUAUUUCCGGAGUUCCAGGUCCCUGAAGUCCACAGAGGUGGGUCCAGAUUUAUCACUUUUUAAUGGACUUUUUCCAUCAUUUCUGAGCCUCAGAACUUCAUCAGUCCAGCAGAUAGAACCCUGACAUUGAACACUGGACAAUUUGUGAGUCAUGGUGCCCAACUCUCUAUUUUUGGAUAAACUUCAGUGCAAUCACUCAGAAACUGUCCAAAAUGACCAAGGCAUCGACCAACCGAGAUUAUAAAACGCCCAAAAUGAUUCAACAUUUGUCCAAAAUGACCUAAACAUGGUUAAAAAUGAUUCAAGUCUCAAGAAUAAUUCAAGAUGUGUUCAGAAUGACAUGAAAUUUGUUCACUGACUCAAAAAAAUUCCAAAAUUACACAAAAAUUUGUCUAAAAGGACAAAAAUCUGAACUUACUUCCUCAAAACAUGUUUAGAAUGACAUAAAAGUUGUCCAGAAUGACUAAAAUAAUUGUCUCAGUGACUUUAAAUUUUGCAAAAAUGAGAAAAAAUUUGUUUACAAUGACACCUAUAGGUAUACAUAAUAAGCAUACCUAUAGGUAGGUAUACUCUUGAAUGUUCCCUGUAGAAAGUUCUAGAGUAUGUCAUAUAUAUAUAUGUCAUAUAUAUAACUGGAGAAAUUCUAGAGUAGACCUACCGACAACUGGAGAAAGUUCUAGAGUAGACCUACUGACAACUGGAGAAAGUUCUAGAGUAGACCUACCGACAACUGGAGAAAUUCUAGAGUAGACCUACCGACACCUGGAGAAAGUUCUAGAGUAGACCUACCGACACCUGGAGAAAGUUCUAGAGUAGACCUACCUACAACUGGAGAAAGUUCUAGAGUAGACCUACCGACAACUGGAGAAAGUUCUAGAGUAGACCUACCGACAACUGGAGAAAGUUCUAGAGUAGACCUACCGACAACUGGAGAAAGUUCUAGAGUAGACCUACCGACAACUGGAGAAAGUUCUAGAGUAGACCUACUGACAACUGGACAGUCCUCUCUGGACUUCAAGGACCUGGAACUCUGGAAAUAUUCCCAGUCUGAAGGUAGAACUCUGAUCACUGAUAAAGUUACUGGAGAUGAAGAACCAGAUGGUUCUGGUUGGAGUUUUUUCCUGGUUUGGUUGAUUUAUUUCUCUGUUCUGAGGAGUUUCUGGUGUUUUUUUCAUGGACUGAGCCUUUUGUUAGUGUUUGUCAGUGAAUGUUGUGCUUGUUUUUGUGUCUUUGUUGGGAUCUUGAAUGUAUAAUUUGGUGAAAGCAGCAGCGUUUUGGUCCACGUUUGGUUUUCUACUGUAUCUGUCUGCAGAAAUCACGUCUUAAAGCAGAUCUGAAUGUAGCCCGGAGCUGCUCACCUCCAAGUUCUGGCUUCAUUCAGCCAGCAGCAGCUGUGUUCUAUGCAACUUUAUGUUCAGAUUUUAUUUUAUUAAAGAGUUCAGAUGCACUGAG